AUGGAGACGCUCCCGCGCCGCGCGGCGACGACCACGAUCGGUGAUCUCGUCGAACGCGCGUGCGCGCGGGCGCGGGACGAGCUCACGGCGCUGUGCGACGCGGCGCCGGGACGGGGGGAGGCGGAGCGGGCGAGCGAGCUCGCGCGAUGGGCGCACCGGGCGCGACAGCGCCUCGCGCGCGUGCAGACGCUCGAACGGUGGGCGGUGAAGAGUGCGAAGAUUGCGUCCGUCGCCGCGAACGCGCGGGCGAUGUUGACGGCGCACGAGGAGACGUUCGCGAGAGCGAGCGACGGAUUGUUUCACUUGCAUCAGCAGUUGGAGUGGGCGCGCGCGCCGAUGUGGGAUCUCCCGGGCGCGCUGGAGGUGAUGUGUCAUGGGAAUUAUGGGUUUUUACCGCUCAUGAUCGGUGAGGACGGAUCGGGACCGGGGGGGGGGGAGGACGGGGACGCGCGAGAGGAGACGGAGGACGAGCGCGCGGCGCGCGAGGACGUCGAGACCAGGUUCGAGGAGGAGAUCGCUGAACGUUUGAUACGCUCCAAGGCGCACGGAUGUGGGGUGAGGGAUGAUCACAUGGAAUGGCCGAGUGAGAAGUUUAAGGUGUUUUCGAUCGCGAGCGGGAAGGCGGCGGUGGGCGUCGCGGGCGAGUACCGCGCGACGCUCACGCUGGGAGGACCUGUCGCUCCGGACGCGAUAGAGCAGCCGAGAUACGGUGGAUGGCGGGUAGAAUCUAUAGAAAUAUUGGCGGGCGAGACAGAUGGGAAGUUUACGCUGAACAAGGCGGAGGAAAGAAAAUUAGCCGAUAUCGCGUGCGCGAGCAUGGUUGGCAUGCUUCCGUUCGGUAAACAGCCUGAGGAAGGUGCGCCGCCGCUCAAGCCGAUGCACCUCACCGGAUUGCAUCGCAUCGCCAGUGACGCGGUGUUGAUGAAGUCCGCCAACGCCAUCGUGGUGCAAGCUGGUAGACUCAAGGAAAUUGCAGAGCGCGGCGGCGGCGACGACGAGUCGCGCUGGUCGCGUAACGCCAUCAAGGUUGAGAUUGUCAAGGGCGAAGCGGCGGGGGUGCUCAAGGGCUUAAAAGUUACGUUUUGGCGUAAAUCGGACGGCGGUGCGCCCGGAGCACUGGACGUGUCGUUCAAUCCUGAAAAAGCAGAGUUGCUCGCAACGGCAAAGGCUCCCGGCGACGAAGACGCUGACGACGUGUUCAUUAAUCACGAGUGCAUCGAUCUGGAGGCGCUUGUCGUCAACGCCAUACGUAUCGCGUCGUCGAAGAAGUUGAACGCGAUUGCUGAAGAAUUGGCAUCGGAGAAGUCUUUCAAAACAAUAAUGGAGGAGUCGUCGACGACGGAUGAAUGCGCGUGCCGAGACGACGAAGAUAAAUGGGGCGACGACGUGCGUCCCUCCAUCCGUCUCGAGAUUUCCAGGUUUACGAGCAUUUUCAUCACCUGUCGCAUCUCGGAUGGGAAGCUCAUGCUCCACGGCGCGAACGAUCUCGUACCCUCCGCCACCGAGGCUGAACUUUCAAAGAGGCUAGCUCUUGAAGGUCAUAGCGCCAUCAGUAGCAUAGUGGAGGAAGUUUCGGUGGCCGUGGAGCAGCAAGAACUUAAGGGCUUGCUGCGUGCAUCUGGUGCGUCGGCUCAUCCCGCGCCGAGUACCAUGGGUGGCGAUCCCUGGGCCAAGUCUGACGUGUGUCCCACGGGCACGGUGCCGACGGCUCUCGUGCCCGUCAUGCCAAGCGACGGCGGCGUGUUCAUCGCGACCUGGAUGGGGGCCACGCCGACGUUCGCGCUAGUGCGAGCGAACAGAAUCAAUCAGGCAACAAGAUAUGUGGUCGAUUCCAUCGAAAAACUCGAUCUCGGCGCUCGUAAGGGUGCAAAACCCGAAAUCGUCGUCAAACUCAUUGAAGAGGCGUGUCGAGAGAAGGUGGUCGACGCCCAACGAUUGGCACUGAUGCGAGCGCUCAAAAAUCUUCGACUUCCAUUCAUGGACGUUCGACCGACGUCCAAGGGUGUAGAUUUAAAGAAGGCGGAACACGUCUUAAGCUUUGUCGUCGCAAACACCGCGCGAUGGGCACGGAGCAAAUUCAAGCGCGCCGUGCGAACGAAAUCGUCGCUCAAAGUGCACGUGUCCUUGCGAGGCACCGACGGCUUGUCAGCCCGCAUCGGGAACGAGACGUGCACGUACGAACAUUCAGAAUUCGCAGUGAACGCUGUCUUAGCGGACGUGCGUCGAAUCGCCGCCGCGCAAGGAUUCUUGUCGGCGUUGGAGGAGAACGAUUCGGCAAUUGAUUUCUCCAAGUUUGGCUGCACGUUAAAGCGUCAAGACGCGUACACGGUGGCGCUUUCGUUCAAAGAAUCGCUAAUGUUUACGAUCCAGUGGCGUCAUGGAGGAGAACUGGGUCCUGGUCUGUACGCCGACGGCGAUCAGCUGACGGACUCGGUGCGACGCGCUCUGAGCGUCGCCGCGCGAGACGGGCGAUGCGAGAUUUUCGCUUGCGCUCUUCACGCGGUCGUCGCGUUUUCCGCACUCGCGGAGAACCUCUCUGGUGACUUUAACCUCACGUUCGCCGAACCGAACGCGCUAUCUCUCGUCAAAUUCACGGACGAGGGCGCGAUGCGAAUUUAUUCGCUCGGAUUCAGACUAGACGGCUCGGCAUCGCUCAUCAUCGGUCGCGGCGGCGAUGCAAUCUCCGAUUCGCAAUCGGCAGACGACGACGAGAUGCACAUCACCGACGAUCACGAGUCGCUACUGCCCGCCUGUCCCACGGGGCUCACUGUACACAUCGAAGGCGUUGCGUCUGCGGUCGAACCCGUCGUCGGCUCCAAGCUUGCCCACGGCGACUACGCGUCCGUUCCCAGCGCGAGCGUACAACAAGUGCUAUCCGCGCUCUCGAGCGCGGUGAAAUGA